UUCCCUUCCCAUCUUGACAAAGCAUUGAUCAAUUCUCACAAAAAACAUGUCAACCACAUCUACUAUACUCUUUCAUGAUGCUUUAGGGCAUUUCUAUUCGAGAAAACUUCUACUUCAAACUUUAUCCGAACAUCCGGCAGCGGCAACGACAAUGAUGGCAGCUUCAUCACCGUCAAGCUCAUACACAGUGCAUAGCAACUUCGAUUCGAAUGUGGUAAUGGUUCUGUCGGUGCUUUUAUGUGCUUUAAUUUGUUCGUUAGGGUUGAACUCCAUCAUCAGGUGUGUAUUAAGAUGCACGAAUUAUGUUGGCUCAGAAAGCAGCACUGGCCAGGAAAGCACUUCUGUUAGGUUAGCCAACACUGGAAUCAGAAAAAAGGCACUGAAGACGUUCCCAACGGUUAGUUAUUGGGAAGGAUUGCAAUUACCGGGAUUAGACAAGGAAUGCGUUAUAUGCUUAGGUGAUUUUUCAAAAGGCGAGCGAGUCAAGAUAUUACCUAAAUGCAACCAUGGAUUCCAUGUGCGGUGCAUCGACAAAUGGCUUAGUUCACACUCAUCUUGUCCUACUUGCAGACACUCCCUACUUGACACGUGUCAAAAAAUUCUCACUGGUGGAAACUACCCAUCAUCACAACCUGAAGCACAAGGUCCGAGCAGUACCACGACUAUAAGCAUUAUGCCCCUACAACAUGAAGGUCUUUUACGAAAUUACGAAUCCUAAGUUGUUUCUUUAUAAAACCUAUAAAGCAAUGUGUAAUUACUGCAAUACCCAUAGAUAGGUAGCAAUUGAGGUGAUAUAAAGUAGUGCUAAAACCAAAAGCUUUUUUUCCUUAGCAUAAACUAGAAGUCGUGUAAGCUCACAAUUGUAUCAUAAGUUCUUUUUUUUUCCUCAAACGGUCGAACUAUUAUGAUACAUCAGUUCUAAAUCGUUUUAGU